GCACUUUUGUUACAGAACUUGAAGGACCAAAUUCUCACGACCAACGUGUGGGUGGAACAUAUGUGGAUGGAUCACAAGUUUGUGUGGGACCCCAAGGAGUACGGCGGCGUGGAGCAGCUGUAUGUGCCCGCAGAACACAUCUGGCUCCCCGACAUCGUCCUCUACAACAACGCGGAUGGGGAAUACGUGAUCACCACUCUGACCAAGGCCAUGAUUCACAACGACGGCCGCGUGCUCUGGGAUCCGCCGGCCAUCUUCAAGUCCUACUGCCAGAUCGACGUACGCUACUUCCCCUUUGACCAGCAGCAGUGUUUUAUGAAGUUCGGCAGCUGGACAUAUGAUGGCCAUCAGAUCGACCUGCGGCACAUAGAUCAGACGCCCGACUCCAAUUUUGUGGAGCUCGGCAUUGAUCUGAAGGAGUAUUAUCCGAGCGUGGAGUGGGACAUCCUCGGAGUGCCGGCCACGCGUCACGAGAAGUUCUACCCGUGCUGUGUGCAGCCUUACCCAGAUAUCUACUUCAACGUGACGCUGCGGCGGAAGACGCUGUUCUACACGGUGAACCUCAUCAUCCCGUGCGUGGCACUCUCCUACCUCUCCGUCCUGGUGUUCUACCUGCCGGCUGACUCUGGGGAGAAGGUGGCCCUCUGCAUCACCAUUCUUCUCUCCCAGACCAUGUUCUUCCUGCUUAUCUCCGAGAUCAUACCCUCCACGUCUCUGGCGGUGCCGCUGCUCGGCAAGUACCUGCUCUUCACCAUGAUUCUUGUCACCAUUUCUGUGAUCUCCACCAUCGUCAUCCUGAACAUCCACUACCGGAAGCCGUCCACGCACCGGAUGGCGCCCUGGGUGCGGCGCUUCUUCCUGCAGGAGCUGCCGCGCCUGGUGCUGAUGAAGGUGCCGCAGCGGGCGCCGCCGCAACCGCAGACGCCGUUCGAGCCUACUCAGCCUCCGGGGGCCACCCUGCCCGGCCAGUUUCACCCGGUGCAUGCCGAGGUGGCCGACAGCGCCCGCCUACAGGCGCUCAACUUCUUCGGCGACGAGCGCCGCUUCCCGUACGAGAUCGAGCGAGCCAUCCAGAACGUGCAGUUUGUGCACCACUGCUGGAAGGUGCAGGAUCAGUUUGACGAGGAGGACCAGGACUGGGCCUUCAUCGCCACCGUCAUCGACAGGGUGCUGCUGAUCGUCUUCAGCGUGGUCUCGCUGCUCGGCACGCUCAUCAUCCUGUGCGACUCGCCGUUCCUCUACGACACCACGCAAGCCAUCGAUAUUCAGCUGUCAGAGGUCGCCCAUCAGAUGGGCAUGUUCGCGGGCGAGGCGUGAGAGGCGCGGACCUGUGGUGAACCUUGACGACAAGGUGACCUGGUGAUUGACGGUGCCCUUGGUGACCUGGCGACCUAGUGACCGAGCUCAACAGUGAUGAAAAAAAGUGAACACAGCGGUGACGGGGAGUGGGGAGCAGUGGCGAGGCUGUUUGUUGUUGGUCCGUUGCUAGUUUGGCCGCUGACUGAACUGUGAUCAGAGGGUGACAGGGCGAUGGACGUGGCAUGGACACGGAGACGACGGAUCCCGUCAGAGACGAGAGUAGCGACACGUCCGGUAGAUAUAAUGCUGGCUCUCUAAUGCAAUGGCGAAGGGAGAGUAGCGCGACGAUGGGGAGAGCUGGAGAGAGAUGGAGGGAGAGAGAGAGAGAGAGAGAGAGGGGGGAGAGGGAAAGAGGGAGAGGGAGUGAGUGAAAACUAGGCAGAGAAGAGCGGGAGUCGGUAUCGGUUUGACAAGCGGGUGAUAUCGGUUGGUUACGCAGAUAUGCUGGAGGAAUAUGCAAUGUCACUAGGUGCUGCGUUCAGUGACGGAGCUGAGGAGUGGCGGAGUAAAUGGGCGAGGAGCGGAGGAGUGAAGCGGAGACGUCCGCCGGCGCUGUUUUGGCAGGUCGCUGCUGGUUGCUCUGAGAGCAGCUGACGGGCCGACACUCGGAGCACGCUAAACCCGAUAAAAAGGCUGACGACGUGCCACCAACUUGA